GUUUCUUGCUUUUUAUUCAGUAAUGAUCUUUUAAAGUAUAUCGGUGUCAUGUCACAGUAUUCUAUGCAUUUUGCAAAAAAAAAAAAAAAUAGGAACCAUCACAGAAAUUAUAAUGGUUUCCACUUAAAAUACCAAACAUUACAAAUCAUUAACUUUUAACCAUUACCAAAUGGUUUCCUGUAGUGUGUUUUAGGGCAUAUUCCAUUAGGAUUUAGUAGAAGGUGACCGAUUACAGUUACCAACACAAGUCUCAUUAUAACCAAUAAAACUAUUAUAAUUUUGUAAUUGUGUCUAUCCACUUUUCAAUGCAGAAGCGAGCAUAUGGGUGAGACUUCCGGGUUAUUAGUCCACAUAAAUAAUGAAAAGAAUAACAACUUGCAGUAAACCUUAAAACAAUUCGCACUACCAACCAGUGUGUUCAUAAUUAAGAUACUACAUUAAAAUAACAGAAUAAUAACCAAUGCACAGCUAAAAGUAGUUGGAUGCAGAUGAGACCGGAAGUUAGACCGUUAGAAUUUAGAAAUUUUUACAUCAAGAAUAAGAAUAAUAUUGUUGUUUUUUUAAGCAGGGUAAAUUCAACUGUAAGAAUCAAAGGGGAUUUUCACAUCAAAACCAAACAAUCCAGUCACAAACAGUAUGUGUGUGUAAUGGCUGCUCUUAAACCAAUGAAAAAUAUUUUCUGUCAUUGGUUUUGUGUAAUCUACAAAUUAAUAAGUACCAUUAAGUGUAUCUUAUUUUUUCAUUAUAUAUGCGCGUUUGUCAAUUAAACUGAACCUACGUUGAAAAGCGGCCUCUAGCCGCCAACCAUAGAAAUUUCAUAACAGUGAUGAAGACUCGUUUGCUGAAACCACGUGACUCGGUCAGUUUGAUUCGUGAUCCGAACCACUGAUUCAAAGAUUCGUAAACGCUUCGAAGCUUCACGGAGACCAUAACUACAUAAACGCCGGGAUUGUUUAAAGCCAAAUACAUUAAUGUGCGGCUAUAUAAUGUCUGCUACGAAAUUAAGAGAAUCAAACGUGACUGACUGAGCGAUCUGUGUAAUAAACAGGGUCGGACAUUUCCUGCUGAUAAAGAUGGAGCAACAUGAAAACAAUCGGACCACAGACACUCCAGAUGUGAAGAAGAAAACCUGCCAGCCCUCACCUAGACAAGAGCAGAAGAAUACAACAGAAGAUCAGAAUGACUUCAAAGAGGACCUUGUCACUUGCCAUGAAUGUGGAAUGGAUUUCUUUGAGCAAGCGAGCCUUGAACAGCACGCGAGAAUUCACACAGAACAGAAACUGUUCAUCUGCCCUCAGUGUGGAAAGAGUUUCGCCGUGCAACACAGGCUCGAGGCUCAUUUAAGGAUUCACACCGGAGAGAAACCGUUCCCCUGCUCUCAGUGCGGAAAAGGUUUCACGCAACAGGGUCACCUUAACCUUCACAUGAGAAGUCACACCGGAGAGAAACCGUUCACUUGCCCCCAAUGCCAAACCAGUUUCACGUCGAAACAAAGCCUUAAAAGUCACAUCAGAAUUCACACCGGUGAGAAACCGUUCGCCUGCUCCGAGUGCGGAAAGAGCUUCAUCACACAAGGCCACCUUAAACGGCACGUGAAAACUCACACCGGCGAGAAGCCUUUCACCUGUCCUCAAUGUGGAAAGAGUUACAAAGUGCAAGAAAGCCUCGAGAGUCACAUAAGAGUUCACACCGGAGAGAGGCCGUUCGUCUGCCCUCAGUGCGGAAAGGCUUUCACAGCGAAACAGUGCCUUAAAAGCCACAUGAACAUUCACAUCGGAGAGAAACCAUUCACCUGCUCCACCUGUGGCAUGAGCUUCACGCAACAGCAAGGUCUUACGCGACACAUGUGCACUCACACCGGAGAGAAGCCUUUCAUUUGCCCCGAGUGUGGAAAGAGCUACACGAUAAAACAACGCCUCAACAUUCACAUGAGGAUUCACUCGGGAGAGAAACUCUUUUCCUGCUCUCAGUGCAGGAAGAAUUUCACGCUGAAACUCAGCCUUGAGAGACACAUGAGAAUUCACACCGGAGCGAAGCCCUUCUCCUGCUCGCAGUGCGGAAAGAGAUUCACGGUGAAGCAAAGCCUCGAGAGCCACAUGACCAUUCACACCGGAGUGAAGCCUUACACCUGCCCCGAGUGCGGAAAGGGUUUCACGAGCAAACCAAAGCUUACCUACCACAGGAGAAACCACUCGGGAGAGAGGCCUUUUAUAUGUUCCAAGUGUGGCAAAAGUUUCACGGUGAAACAAAACCUCGAGAUUCACACGAGGAUUCACACCGGAGAGAAGCCUUUCUCCUGCUCCCAGUGCGGCAAGAGCUUCACGAUGAAACGCAACCUCGAGAUUCACAUGCGGAGCCACACCGACGAGAAGCCUUUCGCCUGCUCCCAGUGCGGAAAGAGUUACAAAGUGCAGCAAAGCCUCGAGAGUCACAUGAGGGUUCACACCGGAGAGAACCCUUACGCCUGCUCCGAGUGCGGGAAGAGCUUCACGGUCCGGCAGAACCUCGAGAACCACGUGAGGAUUCACACCGGAACGAAACCGUUCACCUGCUCCGAGUGCGGAAAGAGCUUCACGGUGAAACAAAGCCUUAGGAGUCACAUGAGAAUUCACACCGGAGAGAAACCCUUCACCUGCCCCCAGUGUCCCAAGAGCUUCACGCAGCAUCAAAGCCUUGAGAGACACAUCAGAAUUCACACCGGUGAGAAACCUUUCUCCUGCUCCGAGUGCGGGAUGAGUUUCGUAGAGAAGCAAAAGCUUAAUAUUCACACGAGGAGCCACACGGGAGAGCAACCUUUCACCUGCCCUCAGUGCGGGAAGAGCUUCACCUUCAAGCAAAGCCUGGAGAGACACGUGAGGAUUCACACCGGAGAGAAACCCUUCUCCUGCUCCGAGUGCAGCAUGAGUUUCAUAGAGAAGCAAAAGCUUAAAAUCCACGCGAGGAUCCACACCGGCGAGAAACCCUUCCGCUGCCCCCAGUGCGGAAAGAGCUUCAGAGUAAACAGGAGCCUUAAAAGACACAUGAGCGUUCACACCGGAGAGAAACCCUUCGGAUGUACCCAGUGCGCAAAGCGCUACACGGUGAAGCAACACCUUGAGAAUCACAUGAGAAUUCACACCGGAGAGAAACCUUACACCUGCUCCGAGUGCGGGAACCGUUUCAUGGAACAGCGACAGCUUAUAAUCCACAUGAGAAUACACACCGGAGAGAAGCCCUUCACCUGCCCUCAGUGUGGAAAGAGCUUCACGCAACAAGGACAGCUGAAAUGUCACAUGAGGAUCCACACGGGAGAGAAACCUUUUCCUUGCGCUCGAUGCGGAAAGUGUUUCGCAGUGAAAAGCACCCUGGACAGUCACCUGAGGAUUCACACCGGAGAGAAACCUUUCAGCUGCUUGCAGUGUGGGAAGGGUUUCAUUCAACAAGGGCAGCUUCAAAUCCACAUGAGCGUUCACACGGGAGACAAGCCUUUCGUCUGCCCCUACUGCAUGAAGAGUUUCCCGCUGAAGCAUGGCCUCGAGAGGCACAUGAGAAUUCACACCGGGGAAAAACCCUUCGGCUGCCCCGAGUGCGGGGUGAGCUUCACGGAGAAGCAAAAGCUUAAUAUUCACAUGAGGAUUCACACGGGAGAGAAACCGUUCAGCUGUACCGAGUGCGGGAAGAGUUUUACCGUCAACAGGAGCCUUAAGAGGCACGCGAGAACUCACACGGCGGAGAAACCGUUCGCCUGCAACCAGUGCGGGAAGAGUUUCGCCGAACAAGGGCACCUUGAAAGUCACAUGGGAGUGCACACCGGAGAAAAGCCCUUCGCCUGCUCCGAGUGCGGAAAGAGUUUCACGGUGAACAGAAACCUCAGGAGACACAUGAGCGUCCACGCCGAAGAGAAGCCUUUCUCCUGCCCUCAGUGUGGGAAGGGCUUCGCGGAGCACAGGCAACUUAAAAGUCACAUAACCGCUCACACCGGAGAGAAAUCCUUCGCCUGCUCGGAGUGCGGAAAGAGUUUCGCCGUGAAGCAAGGCCUCAAGAGGCACCUGAGGAUCCACGUCGGAGAGAAGAACUUCGCCUGCCCGGACUGCGGAAAGAGCUUCAUGCAGCAAGGACACCUUCAAAACCACAGGCGCAUCCACACCGGAGAGAAGCCGUUCGUCUGCUCCGCGUGUGGGAAGCGCUUCACGAUGAACAUCACCCUCGAGAGGCACAUGAAGACUCACACCGGGGAGAAGCCGUUCGCCUGCUCGUACUGCGCCAUGAGUUUCGCCGUGAAACAAGGCCUCGAGAGGCACGUGAGAGUUCACACCGGAGAGAAGCCGUUCGCCUGCUCCGAGUGCGGAAAGAGCUUCAUGCAACGAGGACACCUUCAGAUUCACCAACGGUUUCACACCGGAGAGAAGCCUUUUAUCUGCUCUGAAUGUGGAAGGAGUUUCACAGUGAAACAGAGCCUUAAAAUUCACAUGAGAACUCACAAACCGUCGAACGGAGUGGCUGCGUCUGUGUGCAUCAUCCAUCCAGAUGAGGCGGCUAUUGGAGGAGAGUGAUUCAUCGAUCUUUUUAAAUCAUUUUCGCCAAGAGUGAUAAGACACCAAUGGAUGCCAACAAAAACAGAUUGUAAAUAGAAGCAUUUGUAGCAAUGGAAGGAGACCUAAAUUAGUAGCUGUAACCAAUUUUCUAUGUUUUUAUUUUAGUAUGUUUACUAAUUCAUCUUGUACACAUUUCAUAUUUUUCUUUUACUUUAUUUAUAGCUUUCAUUUACAUCAAUACCCGUUUUUACUGAUGCCGUAUAUAACCAGAUUCAAUGAUUUGUGCAAGGCAAAUUAAAUAAGUUGAACUAUACUUUGGUACAGCAUUGUUAAUUGCAUAAAUACAUUUCACAGACAACAAUACCUUCAACUACCUUCCAAGCUGACCUGACCUAUUUUGAAAGUUGUGCUAACCUGACUAGCAUAAAUUGUAAUUUAUCGUAACCGCCGCGUAGAAGAAUCGUUUUCUUACACAGGUAAAGCUUUUCAACUGACAUGUAGUUACAGUUCGUAUUGUUCAUACAAUAUAUUUUAAAGAACCGAUUACACUAUACAAGCAGUUAACUGUAUUAAUGCUAUACUCUGUAAACAUAUAUGGAUGAAACAUAUAUGAUGUUUACAGUCAGAUUUAACUUAAAAUUAGAAAGUGCUUUCCAAUUUUGUCUGUAUUCGCAUCAGACACCAGUUGCCUUUCCAUUAAUGUCUUAUAUUGAUUUUUAGAUUUUACUUACAAAGACCUACUUAACAAUAAUAAAUUAAUAAUGUUUAUUUUCCAUUAAUCAUUAACAGUGGUGAUUUAAUAAAAGUGGUGUAUACAGCC